CUGAUUGGACAAGCCCCUCUCCAUCGCCAGCAGCAGCAGCUUCCUGCAUCACUCCGCUCCCUGCCUGUCUACUAGCUAACUCUGUCUUUUGUCUGACACUCCGCGACGCAACUAUCUGUCACCAUGACUCAUGCGUAUCCCUUCCUGAGUGCUGAGCAGAAGAAGGAGCUCAGUGGCAUCGCUCAGAGGAUCGUAGCUGCUGGAAAAGGCAUCCUGGCAGCGGAUGAAUCCACAGGCAGCAUGGCCAAGCGCUUCCAGGGCAUCAACACUGAGAACACGGAGGAGAACCGGCGGCUUUACCGCCAGCUCCUCUUCACCGCCGACGACCAGGUCAACGCCUGCAUCGGCGGCGUCAUCUUCUUCCACGAGACGCUCUAUCAGAAGACAGACGACGGCAAGCCCUUCGCCCAGCUGGUCAAAGAGAGGGGCAUGGUGGUGGGCAUCAAGGUGGACAAGGGCGUGGUUCCCCUGGCCGGCACCAACGGAGAGACAACCACUCAAGGUCUGGACGGGCUCUACGAGCGCUGUGCUCAAUACAAGAAGGACGGAGCUGACUUCGCCAAGUGGCGAUGUGUGCUAAAGAUCACCGACACCACGCCGUCAGAGCUGGCCAUCAUGGAGAACGCCAAUGUCCUGGCUCGCUACGCCAGCAUCUGCCAGAUGCAUGGCAUCGUGCCCAUCGUGGAGCCCGAGAUCCUCCCAGACGGUGACCACGACCUGCAGCGCUGCCAGUAUGUGACUGAGAAGGUGCUGGCAGCGGUCUACAAGGCCCUGUCUGACCACCACGUCUACCUGGAGGGCACGCUGCUCAAACCCAACAUGGUGACCGCUGGACACUCCUGCCCUAGAAAGUACGGCGCUCAAGAGAUCGCCAUGGCAACUGUCAGCGCCCUGCGCCGCACUGUGCCCCCCGCCGUGCCAGGUGUGACCUUCCUGUCAGGCGGGCAGAGUGAGGCCGAGGCCACCGCCAACCUGAACGCCAUCAACCAGUGCCCCCUGCACCGGCCCUGGGCCCUCACCUUCUCCUACGGCCGGGCCCUGCAGGCCUCAGCACUCAAGGCCUGGGGGGGCAAGAAGGAGAACGGCAAGGCCUGCCAGGAGGAGUACGUCAAGAGAGCCCUGGAUAACAGCAAGGCAGCUCUGGGGAAGUACGUGUCGUCUGGAGAGAGGGGAGCAUCCGCUCAGGAGUCUCUGUUUGUGGCUGACCACGCAUACUAAGGCACCCCCCGCUCCACCCACAUCCAGCUGGAAGACGGGCUGUACUGUCCUAAAUCAAACACAUUGACCAACCUUUUCACUUCAUUGUCAGUGUUACUGCCUGGCUUAAGAGUGCCGUGUCACUUUAUUUUGUUUUUGAGCACUUAAAACCACACAGAGUGAAAGAGAAGAGUUCCCCUACAUAGUCGUCCUCAGUUUGUAGUUCCAACAUUGUCUCAGUGAUUCUGUGCCUUUGCUAUUUUAACUGAACCAACUGCUGGAGGGUGACUUUAUAGUGUCAGUGUAUACACUGGAAAGAGAAUCAAAUUAAAAAAUUCCACAACCAA